UCUCUCACUCUCUCUUUUUCUCUCUCUUUCUUUCUCGCUGCUUCACUGCUUUCAUCACCCAGUCUUCUUCAUCCCCUUCUCUCCCCCUCUGCCAAUUAUACCAUGAACCUGCCUGCUGCUUGUUGCUAAGGGGGAGCCAUCCGGGGGAGCAGAGUGGACCAGGCAUUAUUUUGUUUCUAAGGACUGAGUCAAAAUGGCGGAGGGGUCCAAAGACCAGGGAGGCGUGGGCACUACUGAUCCAGAGGAGGACUCCCCCAAUAUGAUCGUCUACAGAAAGAUUGAAGACAUCGUUACAAGAAUACAAGAUGAGAAAGCAGGAGGUGUAGCCAUCCGGACUGUCAAAAGUUUCCUCUCCAAGAUCCCCAGUGUGGUAUCAGGGGCGGACAUUGUUCAGUGGCUGAUGAAAAACCUCUCCAUUGAGGAUCCAGCUGAAGCCAUCCACCUCGGGAGUCUGAUCGCUGCCCAUGGCUACAUCUUCCCCAUCUCUGACCAUGUCCUGACACUUAAAGACGAUGGAACCCUUUAUCGCUUUCAGUCUCCAUACUUCUGGCCUUCAAACUGUUGGGAGCCUGAGAACACAGACUAUGCCAUUUACCUGUGCAAGCGCACCAUGCAGAACAAGGCCAGGCUCGAGCUAGCUGACUAUGAGGCUGAGAACCUCGCCCGUCUGCAGAGGGCUUUCGCCAGGAAGUGGGAAUUUAUCUUCAUGCAAGCAGAGGCUCAAGUCAAGAUCGACAGGAAGAAGGACAAGGCAGAGAGGAAGAUCCUCGACAGCCAGGAGAGGGCAUUCUGGGACGUCCAUCGGCCGGUGCCAGGCUGUGUCAACACCACAGAGAUGGACAUCCGCAAGUGCAGAAGAGAGAGGAACCCACACAGGGUAAAAAAGUCUGUCUACGGGGUACCAGAUGAUGGUCAAAGCCAACCGAGUCCAAUCCACAUCAGCUCCCAGCCGACCAGGAAGACCACCAAAGAGGACGUUCAGAAGGAGAUUACUUUCUUGAACGUCCAGCUGGACAGACACUGUAUGAAGGUUUCCAAAGUGGCCGACAGUCUGAUGAGCUACACGGAGCAGUUUGUGGAAUACGACCCCUUUGUGUCGGCCACAGAGCCCUCCAACCCCUGGAUCAGCGAUGACACAACUUUCUGGGACUUGGAGGCAAGUCGUGACCCCAGCCAGCAGCGUGUGAAGAAAUGGAGCUUCUCUCUAGAGGAGGCGCUGAAAGAUCCAGCAGGACGAGACCAGUUCCUGAAGUUCCUGGAGUCAGAGUUCAGCUCAGAGAACCUGCGGUUCUGGUUAGCAGUGCAGGAUCUGAAGCGGCGGCCACUCCAGGAAGUGGCUUCUAGGGCACAGGAGAUCUGGCAGGAGUUUCUGGCCGAGGGGGCGCCAAGCUCCAUCAACCUGGACUCUCACAGCUACGAGCGCACCAGCCAGAACCUCAAAGACCCCGGGCGAUACAGCUAUGAGGAUGCUCAGGAGCACAUAUUCAAGCUAAUGAAAAGUGACAGCUAUGCACGCUUUUUGCGAUCCAACAUCUACCAGGACCUCCUGUUAGCCAGAAAGAAGCAGCCAGCAGACACUGAACAGGGCCGCCGCACCUCCUUGGAGAAGUUCACCCGCAGUGUGGGCAAGUCGUUGACGGGAAAGCGCCUGACAGGCCUGAUGCAGUCAUCCUGACACAGCCUGUGCUGGAGGGGCACAGCCAGACCCUGUUGGGGGGGUGACCGCCACACAGGGGCCGGCGCACAGACAGUGGAGCUGGGCUGGACAGGGCUGCUGUGGAAGCUCUUAGACACUGCUCCGAGGACUGCUGUUGCCGUACUGGUAGCGCAGCACUGGGCCCGAUGGGGUGAACGCCUCAAACAGAACCACUGAGGAAAAGACAAUGCUGACAAGGGGAACCUCAGCCGACACACCACAUGGCAUGCAGCAUACAGUAUAAGCACAUUCAGACGAGGGCUGCCCUCUUUUCAUCACUUAGUCGGCAAACUGGUUGUUAGGCUCUUUGUCGACUAAGCUGAUGAGUUUAUAUUGUUUUCUUUCUGUUUUAUAUACUGGUUUAUUGGAAAUGGAAAGCACAUAUCUGGAAUUGCAACAAUAUUCUUUGACAAAAAAAUGCACUUAAAAGUUAUUUGCCACAACAUUUGCAAUGAAUUGACUAUUGGUUUAGUUAUCCUAAAAAAGCCGGGGCUAGUCCUAACUCAGACAUACUUACUUAAACACAAGUUCAAAGAGGCACAUCAACACGGACACAAAUCUACAACAUUUUGCAUAUGUCUCUGCCAGCAAUAAAUAAAGCCUGAGACCACUUUUUUCUUUUUUUAAGAAAAAUAUAUUUAACCUUUUUAUAUCCUUGAAAUUUCUAUUAUAUCUGUUCCUUAUGAAGCACACUACAUGUCAGUUUAAUAGUGAACAUAGUUUGGGCAGUAAUCAACAAUAUAAAGUUGUUUUUUUCCCACAAGUUAUAUUUAAUGACGAAGGUUGAAGGUAUAGUUUUCCAUGCUUCAUUACAUUCCAAAAUCUGGCAUAAGGGCUUAAUGUAGCAUUCACACUGCACCAAUGCACGUGUCAUCCAAAUGUCUUUGUUGAGGAUUAAUAUUUUGUGUGCUUUGUAAUGAGACGUAUGGCAAAUAUGAAUUUAAUCCAGUUGGCAAAUUGGUUCACUGCUUUCACAACUUCUCAAGCUUCAAGUCCCAAAAUGUUUAGGCUGCACAGUCAACUUAGUCUGUGUGAAUAACUGAGAAGCUUCAACAUUUAGUGGCCCACAUGGUUGUGUGAAUCACAGUUGUCUGAGGGUUUACUUUAGUCACAGUUCUAGUGUGCAUAGUCACAUGUGAUAUAAAAUCCACGUGCUUUUAGGGCUCACACCAUAGUGUAAAUUUUAAAGUUUCCAGUGCCAUGGGUCCAUCUAGUGGUGGUUAAACCACAGGACCAAGCAACAGAGUGUUGUAAGACUGUAUUAAGCUGUGUUCACAUCAUAUCGAAGGACAUUAUGAUGUCAAACCUAGUUGUUCUCUGAUCAUGGAGACAUUUGAAGGCCUGCAGCCCAAUAUGGGAUCAUUUAUGUUUUGUUGUUUUUUUUACUGCAUGAAUAUCUCACCUUUUGUUUUCUUAAAACAAUGAAACCUGCCCACUUCUGUUUGGCAAAAUGUAUGCCGUGACCCUCCACCUAAUAAUCAUCAUGUGUUUUAAUGACUAUGGGGGAAAUGGUGCAUGUUAUUGGACCAUAACUUAACAGAAGAUGGUUUGACUCUCUGAAGACAGCGCGCAGACGAGGGGAAAAGCCCUGAACUGGAACAACGCUAGUCAGAGUGACGUCAAAGCCCUGAAGUGGGAACUGGGAACAAUAUUUGACCUGUCUGGGGCACAGUACACUGAACAUUAUGGCCUCUGUAUUCCACUGUGGCUUCAAACUUCUUCUACAGACAAAAAGUGCUUGGACUGAGGAGAUUUUAGUCUCACAGCUCCCCCAUCAGGCCAAUGACAGCUACAGUAAUGGACUACGCUGCUGAAUGAGUCAGUCAUCUUUUAUUUUCUAUUAGUCGUUGCAAUGCACUGUACAGGUCAUAUUAAUAAUCAGCAUUAUUAUCAUAAACCAAUAACCUCUUGAUUAUAAGGUAGAGAGAGAUGCUUAACUUCGAUGUACCAAAUGUUAUUCUCAGCACAAACACAAUGACACUAUGUACAGGGUGCAUUGUUGAUGUAAAUUGGCUAAAUUUCAUUAUCCAAAAGCACAUUUUAUUAUGAUAUGGGCACAUUACUAUGCAUGUAACAUAUUCAGGGCAUUUUUGUGCUUUUAGUUUCUCAAUCAGCAAGAUAACUACUGGCACUCCAAAACACUCAAGCACCUGCUAUCUAUU